AUGUCUCGAUACGGCUGGUCGACAAAUCGGGAACAAAUAUCCCCCUACGGCUCCACCCUCAGCGGCGUUCCCGACGUCACGGACGAAGACUUUAGCUACAUCACUACAGAGGACCUGCAGUCAACUUCUCUUGGUAGCUCCGUCCCGACGAGAUCUUACGCUCACAACCCCCGAUCCCGCGGCAGCGUCCCCGACGACGAUAUUCUCCUUAUCAAGAACAAGGGCAUUACCUACCCCGCCCACUUCCCCGCGUAUGCCAUUGGCGACGGCAAGCUGCGCGUCCGCGAUGUCCGAGACCGUGUAAGCGUCUUGUUGGAGCUGUCCGAGAGACGUGGGCGCCGCGUCAAGCUUCUUUACAAGGGCCGCCAACUCAAGGAGCCGGCUGCGCCCGUCAGGGAUUACGGUGUCAAGAACAACAGCGAAGUCAUGGUGGUGCUGCCCGAGGGCGAGGUCGACGCCGAGAGCAGCGACGACUCGGACGAGGAAAUGGUCGUUGUAGGUGGCGAUGGCGGCAGCGCUGUGGGCAGCAACGGUGGCACCGAUGACGGAAAAAAGCGCCGUGGCAAGAAGAAGGGUCGCAAGUCCAAGAAGCGCAGCAGCAACACCAGCCCGCGAGACAGCGCAUCAAAUCUCGGUGUCCCGGGUCAGGAGAGACAAAGCUCGCCGUCCCCCAGCAAGGCCAACGGCCCCCAUGCCAAGCUUGAUGCCAUUGCAGCAAAAUUCGAGGCGGAUCUGCGCCAGCCUUGUGAGGACUACAUCGCCUCGCCCCCGACAGACCCUAAGAAGAGAGAGGAGGAGCACCGCAAGCUGUCUGAGACGACGAUGCAGCAUGUACUUCUGAAGCUUGACGAGGUGGAGACGGAAGGCGACCAGGAGGCCAGAAUGAAGAGAAAGGCCUUGGUUCAGACCGUUCAGGAUGUCCUGAAGCGCCUUGACGCGAGGCUCAAGGCAUAA